AUGGGUUUUAGAAAUUGGAAAAAAGUUAGGAAUGGAAAACAAUGUUCCUUUCUUAAACACAUAGGGAAGUAUCCAUGCUCACCACACAACAAUGCAAUGCAAGCUUGUCAAGACUUGUUGAAUCAAGAUGGUCAUAUUAGAAAUGUUAUUCAAGUGCAAAGUUUGUGUCAAAGAAUGAAUAAUCGCCUACGUCUCAAGACUUCAAUUGACACAGUUCGUUGGUUAACACUUCAAGCUUGUGCUUUUAGGGGUCACGAUGAAACUAGUAAUUCAAAAAAUCAAGGAAACUUUUUUGAGUUGUUAAAACUUUUAGCAUCUUAUAAUGAUGAAAUUGCAAAAGUUGUGUUGGAAAAUGCUCCACAAAAUUGCAAAUAUACUUCACAUCAAAUUCAAAAAGAGCUCUUGAAAAUUCUUUCUAGUAGGGUGAAAAAGCAUAUUCGUGAGGAAAUUGGUGAUUCCAAAUUUUGUAUCGUUGUGGAUGAAGCCCGCGAUGAGUCAAAAAAGGAACAAAUGGCUCUUGUAUUAAGAUUUGUUGAUAAAGUUGGUUUAAUACAAGAAAUAUUUUUUGAUGUGGCACAUGUUAAAGACGCCACAUCUUUAACUCUUAAGGAAGCAAUAUGUGAUAUACUUUCUCGACAUAACUUUGAUGUUUCUAACAUUCGUGGCCAAGGUUAUGAUGGUGCUAGCAACAUGAGAGGAGAAAGGAAUGGCUUACAAGCACUCUUUAUGAAGGAUUGUCCUUAUGCGUACCAUGUUCAUUAUUUUGCUCACCGAUUGCAACUUGCGUUGGUUACAUCUUCAAGAGAGGUAAAAUCAGUUCAUAAAUUCUUUGAAAAGUUAAUUUUUAUUUUUAAUGUUGUUUGUUCUUCUACGAAGCGCCAUGAUGAGUUACAAGCGACCAAAUUAGAAGAAAUUGCAUAUUUAUUAGACAUUGAUGAGAUUGUAACUGGUAAUGGUGCAAAUCAAGUUGGUACUUUGAAACGAGCGGGAGAUACUCGUUGGGGAUCACAUUAUAAUUCUAUUUGUAGCUUGAUAAACAUGUAUGAAGCAACUUGUUCAAUUUAUAAAAAAAAAUUGCAAGAGAAAGAGGAAGUUAUGCUACACACGGGGAUGCUGAUAGUUCUUAUAAUUAUUUGA